ACAGAGGAAGAGAAAAGGAGGAAGCAGAAACAUGGCGAGCAUCACCACGGAGGCUCCGCGGCUCCUCUGGCUCCUGCUGCUCCUCCUGGCGCCUCCUGGUCCCGGGGUGUCCGGGGACGAGGACCAGGGCCAGGACUCGGACUGUAAGAUGAAGAGCGUGACCGUGUCCGCGCUGCCGUUCCUGCGGGAGAACGACCUGAGCAUCAUGCACAGCCCGUCGGCCUCCGAGCCCAAGCUGCUCUUCUCCGUCAGGAACGACUUCCCGGGGGACGUGGUGGUGGUGGACGACCUGGAGAACACCGAGCUGCCCUUCUUCGUCCUGGAGAUCUCUGGGAACUCGGAGGACAUCCCUCUGGUGCGCUGGAGGCAGCAGUGGCUGGAGAACGGCACUCUGCUCUUCCACAUCCACCACCAGGACGGCAGCCUCAACCUGCCGGAGCCCACCGAGGACCCGGCCAACGACUCGGCCAAGGAGGAGCUCCGCAUCCUGCACAUCUCCGUCAUGGGUGGGAUGAUCGCCCUGCUGCUGUCCAUCCUGUGUCUGGUUCUGAUCCUUUACACUCGUCGCCGCUGGUGUAAGCGCCGCCGCAUCCCUCAGCCCCAGAAGAGCGCCAGCGCCGAGGCGGCCAACGAGAUCCACUACAUCCCGUCGGUGCUGAUGGGGGGCCAGGCCCGAGAGAGCCUCAGGAACUCUCGGGGCCAGGGGCCAAACUCCAGCGGGACCCUCAGCAUCCGGGAGACGCCGAUUUUGGAUGGGUACAAGUAUGAGUACGACAUCACCGACCUGCGUCACCAUCUGCAGCGUGAAUGCAUGAAUGGUGGCGAAGAGUUUGCUAGCCAAGUCACCCGGACGCUGGACUCCCUGCAGGGCUGCAACGACAAGAACAACAUGGACCUGACACCUGUGAGUGACAACACCAAGCUGGCCCUGAUGAACAAAUACAAGGACAACAUCAUCGCCACCAGCCCCAUCGACAGCAACCACCAGCAGAACACGCUGCUGCCUCACAACACGUCCACCAGCCAACGCAAACGCCUCUCCAGCAACACCCGCGCGGGUUCAACUUUCUUGAACCCAGACGGGGAUUCUGGAACGGAGGCAGACAGCGAGCCUCAGCUGGCCUUUUACACCGACCCGAACCGCAGCCGGCGCCGGAGUCGAGGUAUGAGAAACGGUAACGCCAACAGCGCGUGGGGCUCCGGGGCAGGUUCCCCUCGCAGCCCGAUCAAUAAGACCACCCUGACUCUGAUCAGUGUGAUCAGCUGUGUGAUCGGCCUGGUUUACUCCUCACACAUGUCCUGCAGCCUCGCCGUCCGGGUCAUUCUCCACGUACCGGAGCACCUCAUCGCUGACGGCUCCAGGUUCAUCCUGCUGCAGGGCAGCCAGUUGGACGCCUCCGACUGGUUGAACCCGGCCCAGAUCCUGUUGUACUACCAGCAGAACGCCAGCGGGCCCUGGGUCAGCGAGCUGUGUGGACGCCGGCUCCUGGACCCCUGUGAGCACCAGUGUGACCCCGAGACAGGAGAAUGCCUCUGCCUGGACGGCUACAUGAAGGACCCGGUCCACAAGCACCUCUGCAUCCGCAGCGAGUGGGGCCCCAAUCAAGGUCCGUGGCCUUACACCAUCUUCCAGCGCGGGUUUGAUCUUGUGAUGGGAGAACAGCCCUCUGAUCGCAUUUUCAGAUUCACAUACACCUUAGGAGAAGGGAUGUGGCUGCCACUGAGUAAAAGCUUUGUCAUCCCCCCCGCCGAGCUCGCCAUCAACCCCUCCGCCAAGUGUAAGACAGACAUGACGGUCAUGGAGGACGCGGUGGACGUUCGAGAGGAGUUGAUGAUCAGCUCAUCCUUUGACUCUCUGGAGGUUCUCCUGGACUCGUUCGGGCCCGUCAGAGACUGCACCAAAGACAACGGAGGCUGCAGCCGCAACUUCCGCUGCAUAUCUGACCGGAAGCUGGACUCCACCGGAUGUGUGUGUCCUCCAGGGCUGAGUCCCAUGAAGGACGGUACUGGCUGCUACGACCACCACAUCGGCAUCGACUGCUCCGACGGCUUCAACGGAGGCUGUGAGCAGCUGUGUCUGCAGCAGCUGGCUCCUCUGGAGGACGACCCCACGCUCUACAACAUCCAGAUGUUCUGUGGGUGCAUCGAGGACUAUAAGCGUGGUCCAGACGGGCGGUCCUGCCUGCCGCUGUCCGAGGCGUGCACCGAGGGGAUCGACUGCGGCGAGGCGGCGGACAUCCCCGCCAACCAGACGGUGUUCGGAGACCUUUUCUACGGAUACAACAACCACACCAAGGAGAGCACCUCCGGACAGAUCCUGAAGGCCACGUUCAGACAGAAGAACUUUGCCCGAGGCAUGGAGCAGCAGCUCCCAGAUGGCAUGGUGGUGGCGUCGGUGCCAACCGAGGUCCAGUGCCACGAGGAGCUGUCGGACCCCGUCCCCGACCCAGAAUACCUCACAGGCAUGGUGAACUACAGCGAGGUGUCUGGUUAUCCUCUGGUCCAACACUGGAGUCUCCGCUCUGUUCUCUACCACGUCAAACUCAACCAGUGGGUCCUCUCCCAAGCCUUCAGCUCGGCCAUCCACUCUCUGGACGGGGCCACGCAGCGCAGCGACUUCGUGUCCAUCCUGAGGGAGUUUGGGAACCACUACGUCCAGGAGGCGGUCUACGGCUUCCAGGAGUCCUGUUCCAUCUGGUACCCCAACAAGCAGGUCCAGAGGCAGCUGUGGCUGGAGUACCAGGACAUCAGCAAAGGUAACUCCCCUUCGGAGGAGUCGGAGGAGCGAGACAAGGAGCCCCGGACGCUGACCUACCCCGCCUACAUCGCCAGUCUGCUGGACACCGGGGCCAAGCGCAUGGCGGCCGGCGUCCGGAUGGACUGUAACAGCCAAGGCCAGUGCCCUCGCUCCUGCCACCUCUGCCACAUGAGCCCCAGGGUGGUGCAGGGCCGCCAGCAGUCGGAGCCCGUCCUGCUGCAGAUCACCAAGGCUGCUCCCAUCUACGAACUGGUGUCCAACAACGAGACCUACCAGGCUCUCCAGGAGGCCAUGAUGAGCAUGUUGUGGUGUUCAGGGAAGGGUGAUGUCAUCGAUGACUGGUGUCGCUGUGAUUCCAGCGCUUUUGGUUCAGAUGGACUUCCCACCUGCGCCCCCCUCCCCCAGCCCAUGCUGAAACUGUCCUACACCUACGAGCCCAGCAGCUCAUUGGUCAUCAUGGAGUGGAACCACACCGAACCACCAAUCGGCGUGAGGAUCGUUGAUUACCUCAUCAGCCAGGAGAAGGUGACGGAGAGGACCGACCACUCCAAGGUGGAGACAGAAACCCUGUUGAGCUUUGUGGACGACAUCCUGUCGGGGGCCCGGUCCCCCUGUGUGAUGUUAGGGGACAUCCCCAACCUGCUGUCCUCCUCCAUCAGCAUGAUCAUCCGCUGCCUGGAGCCGGACACCACCUACAUGUUCCGGCUGUGGGCCGUAGACAACACUGGGAGGAGGUCCAGUCCCAGUGAGGUCACCAUCAAAACCCCGUGUCCCACUGUGGACGACGUCAAAGCUCAAGAAAUAGCCGAUAAGAUCUACAACCUGUUCAACGGUUACACCAGUGGGAAGGAGCAGCAGACGGCCUACAACACUCUGAUGGAGCUGGGAGCUCCCACGCUGCACCGCGUCCUCUACCACUACAACCAGCGCUACGAGAGCUUCGGAGAGUUCACCUGGAGGUGUGAGGACGAGCUCGGACCCAGGAAGGCCGGCCUCAUCCUCUCCCAGCUGGACGAGCUCUCUCUGUGGUGUAAAGGUCUUCUCCAGGAGCCAAAGAUCGGCCUCCGCCGGAUGUCCCUCAAGUUCCUGUCCUGCCGCUACACCGACACCAAGGCCUUCGGACUCAACUGGUCCAACAUGGGCCAGGACGUCCACCGGGCCUGUGACGAGCAGACGCUCACCGUCAUGUACAACGACUACGGAGAACCCAAAGAGCUGUAGAACCACUGAAGAGCCCAAAGAGCUGUAGAACCACUGGAGCUUUAGUUUGGACGUGUAACAGGAGGAUAGGAAGGCUGUCAAACCCAACAAAGAAACAUAAAAUACAUCUAUGGCAUCAUAAGUAAAUGCAAAACAUGAUUUGAAAUGUCAUCUUCUCUAUUCAGCUUUAAAUUAUUAUUGGUAAAUGGUUUCCAAAAUCUAGUCUUUCUCUCCUAGACAGAGCUGUAACUUCUGGAACGCUGGAGGCAUGUUGGGGUAAAAAAAGUGUUUUCUUGGUUGUUCCUCUAGUAUUUUUUGUGCUGAAUCCAUUUCUGCUGGAUGUCAAGCUGUAAAAGUUACGGUCUCAUUGUAAAGGAGGAUCCAUGGCUUUCAUUGGAGCCCAAAGUUGGAUCUUUCUGACCAACUGGUCCAAAGAAUGAAUGGAGGUGAACUGGCCUGAGCCGCUGA